ACCUCUAUCCCCCGUGUCUCUCUGUCUCUCUACGAUACGGUCUCUCUUGAAGUAACAACUGGUCAAAGAAUUACAAGAGCAUUAACCACAUUUUGGUUGGUUGCCAAGAAAGUACGAGAAUAAAACCAUGAACAAACCACAUUUUCAGUUCUUCAGAUUAUAAGCUUCUUCAUGAACAAGUUUAAUAACAACUAAUUUUAAGAGAAAAAAAUGACUGACUGCUAUUUAGCCAUGCCAGCUGAUCUUCUUUAUCUUAGGUUGGUUAAUUCUUAAUUUUCUGUACGUAGCUCAUGAUCAGCUGGCUUUAAUUGAAAUUACUUGCGACAAGAAAAGUCUCAAAUUAGAACCAGAAACAGUGAGAACUGUGUUUGAGAAUAGAUCAUCGAAGAGAAGGAAAAAAAAAAAGACAAGUCUUCUAAAAGCAACACCCUAAAAUCAAACCAUUGGAGCAGCUAAAAUACAUGCAGUGAUAGAAAUGGUGGGCCUCAGGUGACCGUUACUUGUUUGGCAUGAAGUUGCCCCAAGAAUUCGUGGGAGAGAGGGAGGGGGAAGGAAGGGGGAAGAUCUGAAAGAGGGGUAGAAGAAUUCGUGGGAGAGAGGAGGGGAAGAGGAAAUCUUAAACGUGCGGGUGCAUAUAUUUCAUUCUUGCACCUCCUAUGUGGCAAAUUCGUAUUCGUGAGUGUAAAAACAAAAUUCCCACCCGACCGUCUUGAAGUUUUUCUCCUUUUCGAUAAGUUUGAUUUCAGGAAGAGUAAAGGAAGAAAAGCUGACAAGCCGAAUUCCGAUCAUCCUUAAGUGCAGAAUCGCCAACCACCUCAUCAAUCAGGUUAGAAAUUCUGGCAUAACAGAAAUGUGAGACCAAAGCUCGAGGAUGAUUAACAACAAGAAUUCUGGGAUGGUAUCUAUAUAUACAGUGGAUUCUAAAACUAGUAGCUCUUCGCUUGAAUUUCGUUGUCCAACGAUUGAGAAAGCUUGCAAAUGUCGGCAUAUUACAGUUCAUACUGUCACAUUGUCUUCUCCUUCUACUAUAAUUUCUUGUGUAGAGAAGGUACCUCAAGGUGAAACAUCUUCACAUAUUACUGUUGCUGAUUCAGAACAUGGACACUCAAAGUUGUAUGAUGAGUCGAUGACAUCUAAGAUCUUGCGAGAUGUACAUAUACCGACAAGGUUGAUGGAGGAUUUUCUUGAACUUUCUAAAGUCAACACAGAUAAGGAUCUGGAAACCUGUGGCAUUCUUGGUGCCUCACUUGAAGAAGGAGUCUUUUAUGCAACCACGCUUAUCAUACCCAAACAGGAAUCAACUUCCAGUUCUUGUCAGGCUAUAAACGAGGAGGAAGUUUUUGCCAUUCAAAAUGAGCAAUCACUUUUUCCUGUGGGUUGGAUCCAUACACAUCCGUCCCAAACUUGUUUCUUGUCAUCAGUAGAUGUGCACACUCAGUACUCAUAUCAGAUUGGCCUCUUGGGUAGUUGUAAUCUUGAAAUAGCACUUCUAAGAGAUGGGGUUCUGCAACAAGGUAAUGGUACCUGAGGCUUUUGCCAUUGUCAUGGCUCCAACUGAUACAUCAAGGAGCUAUGGAAUAUUUCGGCUAUCUGACCCUGGUGGCUUGAGUGUGCUGAAAGAGUGCCAAGAGACGGGAUUUCACCCUCACAAAGAGCUCGCGGAUGGAAGUUCCAUUUACGAGGAUUGCUCUAAUGUCUAUAAAAAUUCAAAUCUGAGGUUUGAAAUAUUUGACUUGCGCUGAUAUGCCUACAUUGAAAAUAGGAUUCUCCAUGUUUGUGCACAGUUGACUGGUUUGUAGGAAUUAGUAAACAGGGUCAUGACCUGAGCUACACCACAGAACAGAGGUCAGCUCAGGCAUGCGUCUCCCAUAAUGAUGAUAUGUAAAUCUCUUACAUUAAUUGUACCCGUGGGUAGCCCAAGUGGUAAGGGCGAACUUGUGUGCAUGAGCCUUAUGUCACAGGUUAGAUUCUCCCUGGGAUCAAACGACGAUUUUUGUGGGAGGCUAUGGCAGUGGGUUGCUACAUGAGUCUCCCCAGAGAUUUCGAUUCCAUGGGUGAGUCCUAAGGGCUCUGCUGUGAGGUGGUUCCCCCGUCAUCAAAAAGAAAAAAAUAGUACCUUCUCAAUGUUCUCAUUAAGAUUAUGAGGAUACAUAUUCAACAGCUUGUAACAUUAAUUACAUAAAAUAUUUGAGUAGUUUGUUUAUUACGA